AUGAGAAGAAUGAGUGUGCUUGGCAGACCAGUUUUGAGCCAAGCAGAUAUUGAAGCAUUAGAGGUUUCUUUUACCGAUGAUGACAAAUCGGAACCUUCAUUUGACAUUGAUGAUGACGAUCUAAUUCUUCUAACUCUGAAAAAUGUUCAUCGUUCCCCCUUAAGAAAAGAACAGGCAUUGCAUCCUUCAAUUUUGGAGACUCAAAGAUCUGAAAAAAUCACCAUCACUCAAACACCGUCGCCUGAUUGGCACUUGUUUGAAACAACUUGCAUUAAAAAGAGAAAGAUUCAUUUUCCAGAUCCUGUCUCUUUUGACAUAGAGGCCCAGAUAUCAACAUUUUCCUCCUCUCCUAUAAAGGCUGAUAAAAAGAAUAAUAAAGUGAUAGAAAAACAGCUGACAGAGCCUGCCUCCAAAGAGUCACCCGUGAUAGAUUUAACCUCCAAUGAAGACAAGCCAGAACUCACCACUAGCACCCAAAAACCUUCAACGCCUCCAAGAUCAACAUCAGCUCCGGUUGUCACCACCAGUAUUGGUGUUAGAAAUAUUCAUACUGUCACUGCCAGCAAUGCUCAACCUUUAAAUAGUAGGAUACAUCUCCUGACGCAAAUUCCCAAACGCCCAGAUGUUUUUCAGUUUACUCAAAAAGACUCACAAGAAAUUGACGACGCUCAGCCCAAACUUGUCAAACCUUUGGUUUUAUCGCUUGAACAAGAAAAAGUGAUUCAGUUAGCCAAACAGGGGUUGGGAAUAUUCUACACAGGAUCUGCUGGAACUGGAAAAUCUGUCUUGCUCCGAAAUUUGAUAAAGGAACUAAAAGAGAUCCAUCCCCAAGGCACUGUUGGUGUCGCAGCUUCUACUGGAUUAGCAGCUUGCAACAUUGGUGGGCAAACGUUGCAUUCUUUCACAGGUAUAGGACUUGGUGAUGCUGACGUUACCAAAUUGUUGACAAAGAUCAGAAGGAAUAAAAAGGUUAGAUCAAGAUGGCUUGAUUUGGAGGUACUCAUCAUUGACGAGAUCUCAAUGAUAGAUGGAAAUCUGCUAGAUAAAUUGAAUCUUAUAGCCCAAAGGCUUCGCAAGAAUAAGAAGCCAUUUGGAGGAAUUCAACUCAUAGUAUGUGGAGAUUUUUAUCAACUACCACCUGUAUCCAAAACCCAGUCUGCCAAGUUCGCUUUUGAGGCAGACUGUUGGGAUGAAGUCGUUCCAAUCACUUUGAAAUUAUCGAAAAUUUUCAGACAAAGAGGUGAUUUGGAGUUCAUAGACAUGUUGAAUGAGGUUAGAAAUGGACGGAUCUCCCCCAGAGUUGAAGCAGAGUUUCAGAAACUGAAUAGACCACUCCCAGUGGAUCAAGGAAUUACACCUACGGAACUCUAUCCCACUCGAGAGGAAGUUGAGAGAUCAAAUAAAAGGCGUCUUGAUAGUAUUCCAAAUGAACCACUGAUUUUCAAAAGUUAUGAUACUGGUUCGUUAAAAGACGAAGAGCAAAUCCAGCAUAUGUUAAGCAACUUUAUGGCUCCUAAAACCCUGACUUUGAAAAAAGGAGCUCAAGUAAUGAUGAUCAAGAAUGUGGAUGCCACUUUGGUAAAUGGAUCUGUAGGGAAAGUUUUGGAUUUUAUUGACCCAGACACAUACUUAUUCUACAAGAAAGUUAGUGGUGAGAACUCGGAACUGGAAUUGGAUACAAUUGAACAGGAGAUCGAAGCAAAAAUUCUAUCCAACGGAAAAAAAUUAGAUGCUAGUUUGAAGCCUUCAGAAAAGUUGAUUUCUAAUGCUUCAAAUUUAGCAAAGCUUGAUCUGGAUGACAGCGUAUUUUCUUUCAUGAAAUGCAUCAAGAGUAAAAAGAAAACUGUCUCUGAAGAUCUUAGGAGAAAAUUAGAGUUGAUUAACACGCUAUACAAGAAUUCCAGUGGAAGAAGGUUACCUUUAGUGCGUUUCUUGACCACUGAUGGUGAAACUCGGGAUGUACUGGUUGAACCUGAACAGUUUAGUAUAAAUGACAUAGAUGAGAAACCUCUAGCUUCGAGAGUACAGUUACCGUUGAUUUUAGCUUGGUCCCUUUCCAUUCAUAAAUCUCAAGGACAGACAUUAAACCAUGCCAGAAUUGACUUAAGAAGGGUAUUUGAAGCUGGUCAAGCUUACGUUGCAUUGAGCAGAGCUACUUCAAGGAAGGGUAUACAAGUGCUCAACUUUAAUAAAGAGAAAAUUCGAACCAAUCCUCAAGUGGAGAUGUUUUACCAGAAAAUAUAUACAGUUGACGAUGCAGUCGAAAAGGCAAAAAUCCAACAAAAGCAGAAACCUCUUGAUGAUGCUUCGGCCCAUAAUGAAGCAAAGGAGAAUAGUAACUAUGAACGCAUGGCUCCAAAUGAUAUUAUAAAGCAUUUGACUAGACGAAGAUAA